CGCUUUUGGGAUUUGAAUUUCUUGUACGGGCGAGUAUUAUAUCUAUCUUUGCGGAUUAGUUCUCUCCUUGUCCACAGCUGCAGUCUUCUUGUACCACCAAACGGACGUUCAUAAUUAAAAUAUCCACAUCCGGCCGCGACGACACCAAGACAUUGGAAAGCAACACCAGUAUCCCGGCGAUGCCGUUUGAAAUAUCAGAGAAAUGGGGGUCCUACCACCUGAUACCGCAGUCGGUGGACGUGGCUCUCAACCCGCCGGAAUCCUACUUCUUCAUCACCGACUUCCUCAUCAUAGCAUGCGGCAUCCUGUACACGCUGUGCUACAUGUUCUACACGAUCCGGACGUACAGCGAUGGCUUUCUGGCGGGGACGGUGCAGUUUCUCAGCGCAACCAUGGCGUAUGAGAUUUACUAUGCGUAUGUGUGCACGUCGACGGCAUUCCAGCGAGCGUGCUUCUUCGUGUGGUUCUUGUUCGACAUUACAUUUGUGACGGUGGCGCUGCGAUAUGCGUAUGCACGGGGCGAGCGUGAACGCACAAUGGUCAAGUUGCUGUGGCAGACGCCGGCGUGGAUGGCGUUUCUGUGGUAUGUCGGGACGGUGUGGCCGGACGAGAGGGAGCAGAAGACUGCAUUUUUCACGGGCCUGUAUCUCGAGCUGCCGAUUGGGUGGGGCCAGAUUUGGUAUCUGGUGCAGCGGCGAGAUACAAAGGGGCAGUCACUGGAGAUUUGGAUCACGAGAUAUCUGGGGUGCAUAACGGCGUUUCUGGUCUUCAUCUGGCGGUACGUCAAUGUGCCUGAGAACUGGGCCUACGUAGGCAACUGGUGGAGUAUUGGUGGCAUGAUGAUUACUCUGUUGCCCGAGACGGUGUAUCCCUUUUUCUACAUCUGGGCACAUGGCAAAGAGCGGGAGACGAAAAUAAAGGCUUAA